AUGGGCUGCCAGUUUGGGGACCUGACACGGAUGCAGCAUGCGAUCUCCUAUAGCUUGUCACUCUUCAGCAAAGGUAUCCCCAAUGUGCUAUGCCUCACUCACGAGUGUAUUCUGCACAGGGCGCCACCGUUUGUAGUCUUCUAUCUGAUCUACACACGGUGGAGCCAGAAGUUUGAGCAGUCCAAAAGGAAGAAUCCAGCCGUGUAUGCAAAUGGCGAGUGA